CUUAUAUACGCUCUUCACUUCCCCGUCUUGUAAACAUUCACGUUGUGCGUCGUCAAUGUUUUGUAAUUAAAUAAUUUUCAUCUUAAUUAAUAAUCGCACAAAACAUUACUAAUUAUUUACAGCCAUGUCGUCGUUUAAAAACGCUCGGAAAAGUGGACAGAAAAUGCAUAAGGAACGUAGUCAGCCAUCUGCUCGAGAAAAACUUGGGUUUUUGGAAAAGAAGAAAGAUUACAAACGCCGAGCUACUGAGGAUCAGAGAAGGAAAGCAGUUAUAAAGUCACUGAAGGUGAAAGCACUGAACCGCAAUCCUGAUGAGUUCUACUUCAAUAUGGUUCGCAAUAAAAAAGUGGAUGGUGUUCACCAGCCACGAGAGAGUGCUGAGAAGGUCCAUACAGAGGAUCAGGUGAAACUAAUGCUUUCGCGGGAUUUGAAGUACAUUCGCAUGAAACGAAUGACAGAAUCAAAUAAAAUCAAACGGUUGACUGCUGAGCUCCAUCUUUUAGACACAGCCGAUGAAAUUAAGAACAAUCACACAAUCUUCGUUGACACAGAAGCUGAUGUGGAAAAGUUUGAUGCUGCUGAGCAUUUCCAUACGCAUCCAUUACUCGUUAAUCGAAGACAUAACAGAAUAAAGACUGACCAGUUGCAGCAGAUGGACAUUGGCACUAGUUUAGAUGAGCAAACAUCUGAGACAUUGGCCCUUGAACAGCAAAAGCAAUACAAUCUACUGAAAAAACGUCUUAAGAGAGAAAAGGACCUGCAAAUUAUUGAACAAAAAAUGCAACAACACAAGAAUCUUUUGAAUAAGACUGAAAAACGGACCAGAGUUGCAAAAGAAACUGAAAAAAGAGCAGCACAGUACAGGUGGAAAUUCCAGCGGAAGAGAUAAUGGUACAGAACAGCUUCUAGAAGAACCAGAUGGAAAUUAUUUACUCUUUUUAGAACAUAAUAAAGCAUUAUUUCCUAUUA